AUGGCAACUGACUAUUGGGCAUCCUCGCACAACAAGAAAUGGGUCGUGGAUAGACUAGCUUUAUUCACAUCACGCGCAGAGGACCUGCGGUUCACGACGCCAGAACACCUGGCAUUCUUGCACAUCUUCUUUGCCAACUUGAUAUUCAAGAUUGGCAAGCGGCUACAUUUCCGUCAGCGAGUGAUCGCCACGGCCACCGUGUUCUUCCGCAGAUUCUAUCUCAAGAAUCACUUGUGUGAUACGGAACCCUAUAUUGUGCUCGUCGCAUGCUGCUAUCUUGCGGGCAAGGCGGAGGAGCUACCCGCGCAUAUCAAAAACGUUAUAAACAUUGCCAACACUGUAUUUGGUGAACUAGGAGUAUGGCCCGCGCCGCUAGAUAACCACCGGCUGGCGGAGAUGGAGUUCUAUCUGGUUGACGAACUUGAGUGUGAUCUCACCGUCUUUCAUCCAUACAGGUCACUUCUGGCUUUAUGCGGGAAGGAGACUGAUGAGGCGGGCAUGGGCGGUCCUGGACACACUGGGCAAGAAACUGCUCCAGAUCUCGGUGUCGGUGUCAUUUCUGGGGAAAGGUACUGGGGUACUGGUGCUGGAAAGCUGCUAUUGGAUGACCGUACCCUUCAACUGGCUUGGCUUAUAAUUAAUGACACAUAUCGAACCGAUGUCUGCCUUCUAUACCCACCGUUCUUGAUCGCAAUCGCUGCUAUUUAUCUCUCUCUGGUGAACCAUGACCGCAUUUCCAAGGCCCAUGGCUCUCCGGACGACCCGCAGACGCAGGAUGCCAGCGACCAACUACAGAUAUCAGCCUCAACUCCAAUGGUCACAAGCCCCUCGCUUGUAGCUUCGACCCCCAAAGCUCCGACGGCCCCUUUAGGACCAGACCCUAUUACUUUCCUCGCCAAUCUCAACGUAUCGAUGGCUACUGUUGCAGCAAUCGCACAAGAGAUGUUGUCAUUUUACACACUCUCUGCGAGAUACGUGGACGACUCUGGAAAUGGAGGCGCUAAUGCUGCACAACGCCAGCGAUCAACAGAUAACGAUGUGCAGAUGAGCGACGGAACCAGCGAGAGUACUAUUGGAGAGAAGGUGCGAGCACGGCAGCUAGUAGAAGUGCUUCGACGUAUGCGGACUGAGAAGGAAAGGGAGAGUGAAGGCGCAUCGAUAAAUUCGGUCGGACCUCUCAUGUCUCCAACAGCCACUGUUGGAGUGCAGGGCAAGACUGGAGGUGCUGGAAGAGGAGUUCAGGAAUAUCACGCAGUAGCUCAAUGGCGAUGGAAGAUUGAGGGCAGGGAUGAGACGGGCGAUGAAGACGACGAGGAUGAAAUUGCAAGUUUCCUGGAGACGAUUGUCCGCUUGUUUGUGGAAAGUGCACGCAUGUUUUUCAUAUGCAUUGCAUCGAAAAAUGGAUUGCAACACCUUCUAGCAAUCGCCAGUGUCCCAUGGAUAGGAGAGUCUGGGGUGCGCCUGGCAUCAGAGCUCGAGGAAAUAAAUGCAGGUGAAGCAGAUCCAGUAGAGCCAGAGCAACCAGCACAAGAGCCAUCCAUGGACGCAUAG